UUCUCCCCCGGAGCUGGGAAUGCCCAGCUGUGCUUGGGCCCUCAUGGGGUGGGCACAAGCCCCCGGGCCCCGAGCACUGCCUUUGUGGUGGGAGUGCAAUGGGCAGCCCCAUUGCUCUGGCAUGCCUGAGUCUCCUUGUGCCAUGCAGAUGAGGCUGGGGGCUUCCUAGAUGCCCACGUAGAAAGAUAGUCACCUCCAGCCUCUUGCUGCACGCCCAGCUCCUGCCUCUUCAGGCAGAGCCCCAGCUCCCAACCAGGCUCAGGGACUGCCAGGGAGAGGGGUGCUGGGCUCAGACCCAAGGCCUAGCCGGCCUCCAUGCCCUGCUGUGCCCCUGCUCCGGGUCCGCAGCGCCUAGCUGUGCUGCUGACGGGCUGUGCGUGUCCCCAAGCUCCAUGACAGGCCCCGGCCUUCCUGGCUGCUCUGGGGUCUGGGCGCAGGGGUCUGUGGAUCCUGGUUGCUCAGUUCCCAUGGCAAGAAGCCCCCCGCCACCCCCAACUCCCCCAUGAAGUUGAGGGGUUUGAGCUGCCCUGGUGCGCCAGGUGCUGUACAAGUGCACGAGGGAAAAGGUGCUAGGCCAGAGCCCAGCAGGGGCAGACCCGAGCUGCCAAGGGCUAGACAGCGCCGCAACACUGCCAGGGUACUGGUGGGUGCUGUCUCAGCCCUGCUAGAAGGGUCCUGGGACUGCCUUGUCCAGGUCCUGCGAGGCACAAGCAUCCAUGCCAGCAGCUGGCUCAGGGUGCAGUGUGGAAGCCAGGAGAGGGGGGUCGGGGAGCACGGGCUGCAUGCCAGGCCUGGGACACAGACCAGCGCUGCCCCGGAGCCCCCACCGCGAGUGCUGGCUGCAGCCCGCACCGGUGUAGUUUCCCCUUUAAGCUGCGUGGGCCCAGCCCUGCGUGCUGGCCUGGCGCCGAGAACGGGGGAGCCGCUGCAGGGAGUGAGUGACUCGAGGCCUCGCGCUCUUGGCUGUCAGCGAAGGGCUCCGGCUUGUGCCAGGAGCUGGACGGGCAGCCUGGCCUACAGCUCUUUUUGUAACACCCUGCGAGUCUUUCUGAGGGUUUCACUUCUCCAACAAAAAAAUUAUCCGUCCCAGUUGUUUUUGGGGAGAACCUUUCCCUCCGAGGCCUAACAGACACAAGUCCUCGCCGUGGGAUCUGACCGACUUGAGUGUGUGGCAGCUGUGCAUCUGUAUGCAGCACGGGGCUCAUUGCCUGAGGCUGAUUUCCUUGGUCGCCAGGGCCCAAAGGGACGUGAGGCUGUAAUGGCCCAGUACCGCAUCCGGCCGUACAAGGAUGGGGACUAUAAAGCCGUGCGUGAUAUCUUUGCCGAAGGCAUCAUGGAGCAGAGCUCUGCCGCGUUCAUGCACCUGCUGACAUCCCCAUGGACCGCCCUGCUCCUCCCGAGCCUUUUCUUCCUCGUGCUUGUGGCCUCCGGGUCCAUCCUCCUCGCCUUGCUGCCCGUCGCAAUUGUCCUGGCCGUGGCCUGGGUUUACGUCCGGUCUUUCAGCACCGACUACGUGCAGCUGGCUCUGCGCACUGACCUGCGGGACAUCCGCGGCACCUACCUGGGGGCUGCCGAUAGCUGCCUGUGGGUGGCCGAGGCCGGCGGGGCCGUGGUGGGGCUGGUGGCCGCCGUCCAGCCACAGGACCCGGCGGAGAGGGGCACCGCGCUGGAGCUGAAGCGCAUGUCGGUGCGGCAAGCAUCCCGGGGCCAGGGCAUCGCCCGGGCCCUUUCCAGGACUGUGCUGCAGUUCGCCCAGGAGCGCGGGUACCGGGCAGUCGUCCUCUCCACCUCCGUGGUGCAGCGCGCGGCACAGCAGCUGUACGAGCACCUGGGCUUUCAGCGCGUGGCAACCAAGAGCCCCUCGCUGCUCACCCGCCUGCUCCACCUCUACAUCAUCCACUACCACUACGACAUCCCCGCGGUGCCAACACCACGGCCCCCAGUCAAGGCCUGCAGCGGGUCUCCCUGCCAUCGGGGUGACCCCCUAGGAAAUUAA